AUGAUUCUUAAAAAUGUACGAUGUUUAUAUUUUAAUUAUGUUUUAGGUAUUGCACAUUAUAAAGACGUGACAAUUGUUAUCCUUGAUACAGAAGGUUUAUUUUCAUUAGAAGAGUCUGGUUCCAUUUUUGAUAAUCAAAUAAUAACAAUGGCAAUAUUAUCUUCGCAUAUUGUGCUUAUUAAUCACAAGGGCGAAUUAAGUUCCAAUUUGGAAGGCUUGAUUGGUAUGAGUCUAUAUCCAAAAUUGCAACUUCAAAAUUCAUCAUUAAAGCCAAAAUUAUUAUUUGUAUUACGUGGUCAAAUGGAUCGUAAUAAAAAAAUAUUUUGUGAACAAUUAACUCAAUUUAAACAUAAUUUACAAACAAGUAGUGGAUUUCUAAAAGUAUCAAUUGAUGAUGAAUUAGAAAUAAAGCAUGAAAAUAUUGUAUUAUUACCAAGUGCAUUUUCUGAAGAUAUAAAUUCAGAUUUAAAUAUACAACAACGUUGGCGUAAUCAAACAUUUCCAAUAAUGAUAAAUGAAUUAAGAUUAAAUAUAUUUGAUGGUUUAAAUGAACAAAUAAUAAAACAAAAUCAUGGUUAUAAAGAUUUUGAUUAUUUAUAUAAUAAAUUAACAAAUAAUUGGAAAUCCAUUGAUGAAUUAGGACAAGGUUCAUUAAUGUGUAAAAUAUGA